UUCCUACAGGCGAUGGCGUUCUUGGCAAUGGUCAUGGGAACCCACACCCUCUGUUUGGGGUCCCAGAGGCGUUGCACCCACUGGCCCGGCUGCUGCCCCCGCGAAGGACAGAACCCCACUGAGGAGUGGCUGAAGUGGAACAGUGUGCUCAUGCCUCCCCCAGAGACCACCAGCCUCGCCCACCACCCAGAAUCCUGCAGUUCCAGCAAGGAUGGACCCCUCAACAGCCGCUCCAUCGCCCCCUGGAGAUAUGAGUUGGACAGAGACUUGAACCGGCUCCCGCAGGAUCUGUACCACGCACGCUGCCUGUGUCCACACUGUGUCAGCCUCCAGACGGGCUCCCACAUGGACCCCCUGGGAAACUCAGAGCUGCUCUACCACAACCAGACCGUCUUCUACCGGCGGCCGUGUCCUGGACAGCAGGGCGCCCACCAUGGCUACUGCCUGGAACGCAGGCUCUACCGUGUCUCCUUGGCUUGCGUGUGCGUGCGGCCCCGUGUGAUGGCCUAG